UGAAAGCCUUUGUUCUUAUGAAGUAUUUAUUUAUUUAUUUAGGUAUAAUAUUUGGUUUUGUUUUUAGAACAAAAUAACGUCAUAGAGCUGCUUAGUUGUUUUUUAUUUGAUUUUUCAAAAAAAGGCUUUUCUAAUAAUCGAAACAUUUGUGAAGUCCACAAUGAGCAGGCGCUGGAAUGUCUAAUGAAUAAAAUAUGUCACACUGUUGAAAGAAGUUUUCUAAUUUUAUUGUUAGUUUGCGGCUAUCCUCAAGUAUCCAAUAAGAAAUAAACCAAUUGUAUUUCCUUCAGUGGCUCCAUCCAGCGUCCUAUUUUGGUUCUACGAAUUGAAUUUGGAUAUUUGGAAAAUCAGAAUUUUUUGAGUCGGGGGUUUAUCUAUGGUCAGAAAGAUCAUUGCAUGAAAAAUCCGGCCUCGGAUUGCCUUGGAGUCUGUGUGUCUAUGGUAAUGUAUUGCUGCCCCCCCCAUAUAGAAACCAUAACAUAACAAUGUUGUAUGUAGUUUUGUGGAUUCUGUUUCGUGUGUGUAGAAUCUUUUAAAAUGGAUUUAAAGGUUUUUACGUUGAAUUGCUGGGGAAUUCCAAUAGUUUCCAAAGAUCGUAAAAUUAGAAUACCAGCUAUUGCAGAAUUCUUAGCUAGUGGUCCCUAUGAUUUCGUUUGUUUACAAGAAGUCUGGUCAACUGCUGAUUUUGAAUUAAUAAGGAAAAAAGUGGAAUAUACACUUCCAUAUUCUCAUUAUUUUUAUAGUGGGGUUGUUGGGUCAGGAGUUUGUGUUUUUUCAAAAUUUGCCCUGUGUGAUGUUCUGUUUCAUCAGUGGCCAGUUAAUGGAUAUGUUCAUAAGAUUCAACAUGGUGAUUGGUUUGGAGGAAAGGGGGUGGGACUAUGUCGAAUCAAAGUGAAAAAUUUCAGUAUUAAUAUUUAUUCUGCUCAUUUACACGCUGAAUAUGAUACAACCUGUGAUGAUUAUCUUGCACAUAGAGUUUUACAAGCGUUCGACACUGCUCAGUUUAUUAAAAUGACGUCAACUUCUGCAGAUUUAAUAAUUUUAGCAGGGGAUCUAAAUACUGAACCAGAAAGUAUAGCCUACAGGAUUAUUGUUGAAAGGGCGAAUUUGAGGGAUUCUUUCACCGAAGCAAAACAAUUGUAUUUGAAAACGGAUGGUACCAACGAGUGCUGUCAGAACAGUUAUACUUCAAAGGCAUUGCUCAAAACAAAAAAACCUGGCAAACGAAUUGACUAUAUACUGUUUGCUUGUCACAAACGGUUAGAAAUUGUAUCUGUGCAAUAUUCGCAACCAUUACCAAACCGAAUACCCGAAAACUUCGUCAGUUACUCUGAUCAUGAAGCCGUAUGUGCUUCAUUAAAAAUUGUUGAAGGAGAAAAAUUGCAUUACAUUCCAUACCAAAGAAACGAUAAAGAAAUUACAUUAAUGGAAUCAAUAAAGAUAUGUGAUUCAUCGUUAAAUAAACUGAAACUCCAAAAACGGUUUUAUUGGUUUUCAAGCAUGCUUUUACUUUGUGUAGUUAUAACAACUAUUGCAACACAUCCUCCAUUUGGUUUGACAAUCACAUUCCAUAUUUGUAGAGUUAUUUUAACCAUUUUAUUGUGUUUUACGGUAGCUAUGGCCUCCCUAUGGUGUAGAAUAGAAGAAAAUGCCAUACUAGCAGGGAAACUAGCGAUGGAAGUCGGUCUUAAAAGUUUAACUUCGAGUGACAGUUUGUGACAACAUUUUAAAAAGGCCAUAAUAUUACAUAUAUUUUCUUCAAUAUCCAGUAUCAUUAGGAAUGUUCAGAUGUGGGUUUUAAUGACAUCUACUUAUGCGAAUACGGAUGCGGAUUUUUUGAUCACCAAUAAUAUCUACCAAACAUAUACAUAAAAUAAUGUAUUACAAAGGUGACCGAUUAACGUUAGAUUUCGUCUUCCACUUCAACUUUAUUUUUAUCAUAGGUAUAAAUGAAUGUACAUCAUAGUGACUACAUAUGCAAUGUAUGUAAAAACGUUAAUCAAUCACACUUAAUUAACGUCAUCUUCAUAUCUUGCCUUAAGUAAUGCUCAAUUUUAAAUUGGAAGAAUGUACGCUGUUCUGUUGGUAUAUUCAUAUAAAAUGUGCAUUUUUCAUAGACACUUGCAUUUAAUUGCCAAAUAUAUAUAUAUUUUAUAAGA